AUGUCAUCCGCGAAUCAACCCGCGUUACAGUCGAGCAACUCCACCGCCCACAUAUUUCUAGGCGGCGCCCGACCAGCCUGGAUGAAUGCCUCUCCUCCUGUUGCUGUUCCUGUUGCUUCACCACCUUUGAAUGUUUCCCGCACACGUCCACAUCCACAUCCACAUCCGCAGCCACGUCCACGUCCCCUUGGCCUGUCGAUCCCUUCUCCCUCCGCCAGAGCGUUCCCUCCGCCUCCUCCACAAACCCCACCAUCAACUUUAGCAGCACCAGUUCCUUCUCCUCCCGCGACAAGCUAUCCCACGUCCUUACGCCAACUUCAACCUUGGUCGAGUCCGCUUCAGAAUGUGGCUGCAGCGCCUGUUCCCUCGUCGCGCCCUACGCCCUCCAUUGCCCCGUCCAUGACGCCCCCUAUCACACCGGGGCCACCCAUUGAACCCCGAGGGCGUCUCAGGCCCAGAGCUGGUGCAAAAACCGCAACAACCAUUGCGGCAACAACCACGGCAACGACCGCAGCAAAUGAACCAGUCAGUACUAUACAUAUACCGGACGUUCCUUUGACCUAUCCACCUCAACUCAAUGGGAAUUCCGCGUACUUUCCCGCCAGCUUAAAGAAGCUGGAUGCUUUCGCCUCUCACCCGGGACGAAAGACCUCCGCAUCCGUGACUUUGGAGAACGCCCGCCUGCGUCUGCUGCACGAUGCCCUAUCAUGUCAGGAUCUCAUUUAUCUAGUGAUUCAUCAAUUAUACACUCUAGUAUCUUAUGCUCCCGCCGAACUGGGGCAGCUGCAGGGUUUGUCCGAAGACCAGCUUGCUGGCUUGAAGGCACUGGAGCAGCUGCUGGUUGACAAUGCACGUCUGUCGCCGCAGUUUCUUCAAUGGGCCGCGUGCUUUCCCGAGCCAAUUUGCAAUAUGUUGCACCUGCCGUGGUGGACGGCUGCUCUUUCCCAGGCCAUGACUGCCCUGGCCAUGCUUGGCCACCGCUGGAAUGCCUUUGAGGCGCAUAUUCGUGAGCGAGGCCUACCACCUCUGAUUGAGGAGCUGGUUCAAAAUUUCGCCUUGCGCUCUCAUGUGCUGCAUCAUACCAUUUUCUUGGCCUUGACGCGCCGUAUCUCGGGUCCGAACAAGCGGGAAGAACGUCUCUCCGAGAUCUUUCGGCACGACGCUGCCCUGACAGAGGUCCGUCUGGCUGAGGCCAUGAAGAGAUCGGUUCCAAUUUCGCGCGCGCGCAAGGAGACCGAUGCGAUCCUAACGCUGUAUCACAUCAAUAUGGGCUACCCUCCGCCCCACACACCGCCGUCCGUCUUUGGCCCUCAACCCGUCAUUGCCUCAGCUCCCCCGCAGGCAGGCCGACCCAUUCACUCGGCUCGCACGCCGGGAGUGUUAUCACUGCCCACCCCACCUCUCGCCGGCCAUUCCCCACAAUUCACACAGGCCUCACCUGUUUCCGCUGCGCCAGCCCCGGUCUUGCAUCCUCAUACACCCAACCUGACACCCACCAUGGCUCACAUGUCUGUCACGGUUCCUUCUCCAGGCUUUAUUCCUGUCCCCACAGUGACGCCGGUUCAAGGUCCAGGUCAUCCUCGUCGCCCGUCUGUACAGGCCGAAGCUGCUCAGCAAGCUAUACUCGCAAUGCGUCAAACCUCGCGGCCGAGGGCGCUUCCUCCAACACCAUCUAAGCCUUCCACGUCUACGUUGCUCCUUCCUGCGUCUGGAAAGAAAAUGCCAGCCAACGCUCCGCCAUUACACCCUCUGCGUGAUGCGUUACAUCAGGUCCAUCUUCGAGAACCAGUUCACCAGCUAAUCAGAAGGGACUCUUCGGGCCAGGCUCAAGAGACAAAGCUAUUCCAGUAUCUAGAUUCGUUCGCACUCACGCCAAGACCACUGGGCCGCUUUGAAUGCCAGUUUCACUGGUCCUUCACCCUAUCACAAGAGGCGGCGGAUCGCCUUCCAGCUCCCUCGCAAAAGAGUUCUGGCGAGCUUUCCCACCCUGUCCGUGUAUUGAUGGACGGCCAGCAGCUCUAUCGGAUGCGUUGUAUAUCUGUCUCGCCCGACACAAAACCCCCGAUCGACGAAUCUACCUGGAGUCGGGCUGACUGCGCCUGGCCCAGCGUGAUCUAUAUCUUCGUCAAUGACACUGAACUCUUUGUACGUCGGAAAUUACAUCAUCAGAAGGAUGUACCUCUAGACAUAUCUCCUCAUUUGCGCGCGGGUGAGAACAAAAUCUCGUUGCACUUCAUUCGCGAUGCAGCCGAGCAGAAGGACAAACUUUACGCCGCUGCCGUGGAGAUCGCCCAGAUUGCCGCUAUCGAGCCUGUCAUGGCCCUUGCGCAGACUCUCCAAGCGGAUGACUCCCGUCGCCAGAUUCACCAGCGUCUUGAGCAGUCCUCCCGCAAUGAAAACGAAGAUGAUGACCUCCAUGUGGUUAGUAGCGACCUUAUGAUCAAUCUUGUCGACCCCUUUACCGCUCGCGUGUUCAAGCAACCUGUUCGUGGACAGCUUUGUCUUCACUCCGAAUGUUUCGACCACGAGACAUUCAUACAAACCCGGGCCGGGGUCUCCGGGCCGCGUGCCUUGCCCAACGACUGGCGCUGCCCGAUCUGUCAGGGUGAUGCUCGUCCACAGAUGUUGGUACGCGACGAGUUUAUGGUUGACGUGCACGAGGAAUUAGUGCGCACGAAUCAACUUGACGACGCCCGCGCCAUUCGAGUCACUCUCGAUGGUUCCUGGACUGUGAUCACUGAAGCAGAUCUUGCAACCUCUAAACGCUCCUCCACGGGCCUGGACAGUCCUAUCCCGAAGAGACAAAAGAUGGUCCAACCGGAGACAAAACCCCAGCCCAUUCGGACAGUAAGCGCGACCCCGGAAGUGAUUGACCUCGAUUGA